AUGUCCUCUGUUCGUCGCAGGUCACCAUUGCUACAAAUUUAUCAAGACUCAUAUCCUUUUGAUCAGGCAGUUACAACUGACGCACGAGAACGUGCACCCCAAAGUUUACCGCCACUUCGUCCCAUGAAAAAUGCAUCAUCUAGAACUAAUACUUUCCUCGGGCAGCCUCAACUACUACAACCUGCAAAGCAGUCAUCCCCACAAAAAUCAUUGAGAAGACUACCUAGGUCUCCCGCUGCUCUAUUUUCUAACAGUAAAUUGAAUACGGUUUCAAUGCCACCACCAUCUAACUCAAAUGAACUAGCCACGGAUUCAAUGAUUAAAAAGCAGCCGCCUAUAUUAAAAUUUAAGCCACGUAAAGUUUUGUUUACAACGUCUGAUAGCAAUCCAGGAAAUACGAAAGACAACCAGACUCAUCUCCAAUCCUCUAAAUUUACAGCUUCACAAGAAGUUUCUUCCCUAUAUCAUAGGUCACCCACAUGCCUAGAGGCACCUCUUGAGAGGUUAAACUCGGGCUCAAACGUUCUGCCGAAAAGACUCUUAGAUGCGGCACCCAUACAUGAUUCUAGGCCCGUUAAGAAGGUUAAGAGAGAAGAAGUGGAAUCCGAGAAUUGUGAGCCUACUGAGAUACCCAGUCCCAAUUCCUUUCCACCAAUUUUUGAUGAUGGUACAAAGCCACCCCAUAGCUAUGCUCAACUAAUUGGGAUGUCUUUACUAAGAGCACCUACACGCCGUCUAACCCUCGCCCAAAUAUAUAAAUGGGUAUCGGAUACCUACAGAUUCUACACACCCACAGAUGCGGGAUGGCAAAAUAGCAUUAGACAUAACCUAAGCUUAAAUAAAGCAUUUAUUAAGCAAGAAAGACCAAAAGAUGAUCCUGGAAAGGGGAAUUAUUGGGCAAUAAAAGCUGGAUCAGAGUAUCAAUUUCUUCGAGAUGUACCUACCGGAAAGUGGAAUUCUCUGGGUGCAGCUGAACAACUUCCUUCGUUGACAAAUAAACCCAUGUACUCCAUUACUAAAGGACACCUACACACCAGCUCAACUCCAUCUACCUCAUGUAUGUCAUGUCCCAAUUACGCUGAUAUUCUAUCAUCAGAUGCGACUAUUCCAGAAUCUGAUGCAGAUAUACCUGAUGUACUAGAGCGUGAAUCACGAUACCAGGGCCUUUCUUCACCUAUUCAAUCUUCUCCACUAUCUAUCACCAUGCACUCAUCCCCUCCAGUGCCUUGUCAAAAGUUAGACAACACACCGGCCGCUGCCAGCAGUAUCACUUCAUCGCGAGUGCGAUCUCGACAAGGAAAGCUCCAAUCAGCAAAUGAUAGCGGCUACUUUUCUUCUCUAGACUCAUCAGCUAUUCGAAGUGACCGUAGAAAACUCCACUCUGAUGUUGAUAACCCAAGAUUGAAACGCGGGCGUGCUGAAGAAGAAAUAGCACGGUUACGUGGCCCUCCAUCUGAAAGUCCUAUUAGAGACCGUCAUAAUUAUAUGCAAAUUUCAUCGCCUGUUCGACGGAGUACAAAAUCCGAUAUUUCUAGCAUGCUACCUCCCCUGACGCCGGCCGUUAGGCUACGCGCCCCAAUUCGUCCACCACCGUCAGCAUCACCAAACACUAAUCUGCGCCUACAUCGAGAUCGAGUUCGUGAAAUGGUUGGCUCACCCCUUCGUGGCAUGACCAUACUAGAAGAUGGGUUUCCGUGGAGUCCUGCUUUUCAUUUCGAAGAACAAAGCCAUACACCUAUGAGUAAUUCCGAUUUUGGCACAAAUUGCGACAUAUUCCACAACUCCUCUGGUUUACUGGCCAUUUCUUGUAAUGGGUCCCCGGAAAUUAGGGCUACCAAACGCCAGCGGCAUGAAUCUUCUAAUUCGGGUUAUGUAGAGAAUAACUCAACAAAUAGUAUUGAUUUAGCGUCGAGGUCGCACUCACCAAAGGUCACAAUUAACUUUCCUCAAAUCGGCGAGGUCAACAAGCUGGAUUCCUCUCGCAUAAGAUUAGAUAUUUCACCACUCCGAAACACGUCUUACAACUUAAGUUCCCCAACCAAGCCUAAUGGACGAUUUCUUCCAACACUUUCUGUAAACCUCUUCAACUUACCAAGAGCAAGCGAGAACCAGUCCGAAAACGAUGCUGGAGAGGAAUGGGAUAUAAUGAAAGGGUUCCAAAAAAUUGGGACAGGAAGAUCCAGCUCUAAGUUGAGCAGUAAAGAUAAGCCAAUUGUAAAGAAUCAUAGCAACAAAAGAAAUUUAGCCACUCGGUUCUAG